AACGUUUUCUGUCUCGCCCACGCGGAAAGUAAACAAAACGUUUGAGAAAGUCGUGCUUCCUGUGAGUCGUGUUUAGGAUUUUCUCCUCGUUUGGACGCUUGUUUGACCAGUGUGCAACAAUGGUUCUGCUGGUUUCCCAUGUGUCAGGAUUUCGAAGAACAUGGUGUUUGGAAAGCAAAUGUAUGACAGGAGCUGAUAUUUUUGAAGCUCUUGUGGGAAGAGAGGGGGAGAUCCAAGAUGUUGUCCUGCAAUCCAAAGGCCAAAUCCUCUCCUCAUCCUCAGUAAUAUUGGAGGAUGAAACUGUCACAGCAACACUAAGGCUUCCUGGUGGCAAGGGAGGCUUUGGUUCUAUGCUGAGGGCAAUAGGUGCUCAAAUUGAGAAGACAACCAACCGUGAGGCAUGUCGGGAUCUCAGUGGUCGGCGCUUGAGAGAUAUAAAUGAGGAAAAGAGGUUAAAGGAAUUCAUCAGCAAGAAAUCAGAAAGAGAACGAGAGAUGCAGGAACGUAAACGCCAAAAAUUUGAAAAGUUGAAAGAAACUCCCAAACACAUUUUCCAGGAUGAGUCAUAUUACCAGCAGAGAGAAGUUCGGGAAAAAAAUUUAUAUGAUUCAUUAGACAAAGCUUUUUCCAAGGAAUCAGGAAGCACCUCAGGCUCCCAGAAAAGAAGUUCCUCAGAAGAAGCAAAACCAGUUGCCAAACCUAAGAAAGGCAGAUUUUUAGAUGACUUGGACGAAUCAAGUGAAGAUGACAACGAUAGUGACGAGGAAGAAGUAAAGAGCAGCAAAGGAAACUCCUCAGAUGAGAAGGAAGAUGACAAGGCAUCAGGACUAGAGAGUGGAAAGGAAGAGGAGCCAGACAGUGUGGCCAAGGAGACAGUGGCAGGCUCUGGGGCCAAGGGAGAAAGCGAUGCUGGAUAUUCUUCUAAUAAAGAAAGCGACGAAGAUACCUCCUCUAGGGGAUGAUAUGACUGUGUUUCUUUCCCUUUCAUUUCUUUUUCUUUCUGAAUUGUAGAAAAAUGUCAUUGUAUGUUUCUAUUCAUGUUCAUCUACAUAUUUAUAUGUGAAUGUUGUUAUUACUUUUUGAUCCCUUUUCAAUCUUUUAAUUUUAUGUACUCUCUUUGUCAUUUCCAUAACAUCACUUAAAGCAGAAAUUGUAUUCACAAAGUGCAUAAGCAUAAGUGUCUCCUGUUAAUGUGUGUAUAUUUGUUUAUUCUUGUAAUUAGUCAUUGUUAUCCAUUUUUUUCCUCUCUGCCAUUUGUUGGAGGUUAUCGCACCAUGAUUAGCAUGAGAAAAUUUUAGGAGUCACUUCUUUGAUAGCCAGUGAGCCUCAGCUAAUAAUGGCCAAUGAAGACUAGAGAACAUGGAAAACGAAGUACAUUAGUUCAAGGAGGUUCUUUUAUUUGACGCAAAGUAAUUUUACUCACAGCUUGUCAUAAAUGCAUCUUUGCUGUUUAUAUGGCAUUCUGAUGUUCAAAAAGGUUUUGAUAUUCUUUUUACAAAAUAUUUAGAUUUUCAAGCAAUCAUAUAUGAUGACUCUGCACACCAUGAUGUAUCCCAUCCUAUCUGCCAAA